AUGGAUGUAAGCAAAAUUCUUAGGACCGUGAAUAAUCUUAAUGAUUAUAUAGUAGCUACCCAAGAAGUUAUAAAUAAACCUAGUAACUCGAAAAUACAAUUCAAUAUGUCUACUGUUCUUUCGCUUAAAAAAAUUCGCUCAUUAGAAAUUGAAAAAAUACAGUCAAAACAUGCAACAUUAUCAAAUAUAUUAGUCCAGGACUUAAUCGAAUGUCUUCUAGAUUUGGCUACAAGCACCCAACCCAGUAUUCAUCAGAGGCAAAAAAUACUGCGGUGCAUCAAUACUGUAUGCGCUGAAUCAAGUCGCGAAAUAAGAUUUGCGUUAAGAAAAAAACUUGGACACUAUUUUGUGAAGUUAUCCACAAUACUCUCAUCAUGUGGUGAUAUUAGAGUCCAAUUUUCUAUACUGGAGACAUUAUUACGUUGGCUCAUUCCUCGGCAUGACCUGGCAUUAAGGAAAGAAGCAGCGGUACUUUGGUUUCCAGAUGAAAUGUAUGAUGAUUCAACCAGGUGUAUAUUCUUAGAACGACCCUGGCAGAACUUUUGUAAGGAGCCGAGUAGAGAUUAUUAUUUGGAUGUGAAUUCCAGCACUAAAUGUGUGUCGCUGAUAGUUGAACCGAGUCUAUCAGAUAUUUUGGGCAAAUCUGAGUCUGAUGCUUUGGUCAUUAGCAGGGAAAACACCGUCUUCAUAAAAAUGUAUAGUGAGUCCAACCAAGUGUUGAUAUCAGCGAGGGUGUUGGACCCUCAGCUAUUAUAUCCAUCAAGAGCUGUAAAAGACAACCAGGUCCAAGCAUUGAUCAGUUCCAGGAGUAUUAUUAAGCUGGAUAAAGCUCUGAGGAAGAUAUUUGAUGAAAAGUAUGAGCUUCUUAUAGACUUACAAAAAUCUCUGCCGAAUUCACCGGACGAAAAAAAGCAACAGAAUGUGGGAGAAAUGAGGUUGUCAAAUUCCGUCAAUACUAAUAGAUUAACACGUUCAGGUUACAUAGCAAGGACCAAACAUCCAGACUCAUGGAAAUCUCCAUCAUCAGCAUCAACCUCGUCUCUUGCUAUGCUGCGAGAUAAAUUAACAGCCUUUCCCAGUUACAAGUACGACAAAGAACCAGUAACUGUAUGUGCAUUGCCACAACUGAGUCGCGUCACUGAAAUAUCCGAAGAAGAUAAGUGUAGCGUGAACACAGAUAGUACAUACAAACUUCGCACUUAUGGCGUAAGAAAUAAGGGACACAACGAAAUAAUUACCGAGCAAGAUAGCAUAUGUACGAGUCCAAGACGCGAUGAUAGUUCAGUCAGUUGUCUCCUUGUUGCGACUUUGGGUUCGAAUGAAUCGGUAAUAAAUGAUACGCUGGAACGUUUGCCGAAAGACAGGGAAAUACAUACAGAUAAUAUAGUACAGUUACUAGCCGUAGAAGCGGUGGAGGGCAAUAAAACUGACUGUGGCGUAGUUAAUUUUGGGAAAAAUGAUGAUUUUAACACUAAUAUCAUAGAGGGUAGUCAGCAAAAUGAUAUAAACGUUAAUAUUAGUACUAAAGGUAUAAUAAAUAGUGUUGUAGAUGAAACUAUAUUGAACGCUAAAGAUAAAAUGCCGUUCGAAGAUAAGCUUGAUGAAAUAGGAAGGGACAAACAGACGUACGACGUUGAUACAGUAGAAGAUUUCUUCUCGCAGCAUUGUGUGGAAAACAGAAAUGGGGAAUUACUUAUUAGUCCAAGUCUAGCUAAAAAAAUUAAUGAAACGAGUUCAGAGAGUAGUUUCGACUUUGAUGUUGAUGGCAACAUGAUGGAUGGGUCACAACACUACAUGUUCAAUUUCGAUGACACGGAAGUAGUCGAGUGUUUGAAUGAUAUAGUUGAUAAGGUCUGCGAGGAUCUCGACAAAUGUACCGAAUAUUUGAGAAGUGAAAUUGAGAAUUUUAACGUAAACGAUGAAAUUAAUGAGGCUGGAAACGAACCUCUGCGGGAAAUCAACGAAAACGUAAGAACAUACUCCAGACAGAAUGUUAGACGACUGAAACUACAAUACACUAAGAAGAACACGGCAAAUACGAAAAAGCAAAAUAAAUUAAUUACUGAACCAAUCAAAAGAAUGACUACUAUCGUUGAAAGGGAAAGUGAAAUAGAAAAAAGUGUCCUAAAUAAAAGCCCUGAAUCUAAUAAUGAUCCAAGUGAUGUAGAUAAGCCAUUGACUACCAGGAAACGGAAACUGUACUCACCCAAAGAUGAACGCAAAGUGAAUGAAAAAAGCGGCGUUCAUAUAUCAGAAACUGAAGACGAUCAUUCCAUGUUAACUGCUCCUCCAAAAGUAGAUUCAACCCCAAAAACUGUGCCUCCCUCAUAUAAAAAUAUACAGAAGAAUCGUCGAUCUUCCGCUAGGAAGUUACGGAGUGGAAGAGGCAAGGAACUCUCACCAAAGACACAAAAGCUGAAUGCAAUUUUUGAUAAUUUAAAAAGGAAGGAUGAUGGUGGAGAGAAAAUAAAAUUAGCCGAUAAAAAAAAGAGCCGAAGAAAAUUUGAUGUUUAUAACUUCUCUAGUGACAGCGACGACGAAGAUUUUAGGAGAAAAAUUGAUAUAAAGAAGAAAAAUAGAUCGUCUACUACGAGAAGCGAGGUAGUUACCAGAUCUACCAGAAGUAGAAAAUCAAAGAGGAAUAAUAACAAUAAUACGCAGAAGAAAAUAGAUUCUACUUCACAAACUAAUAAACGAAAAGCGAGACAGAAAGCUAUAAAAGAGAAAAGAACGCCACAAAAAAAACAUAUUCCUGAACAAAAAGACGAGAUAGUUGAUGAAGGAAUGAGGGAAGUAAUUGUCGUGUUAAACACAUCAUUAAGAGCAGAGGAAAGAAGAGAUUCGAUACACGAAGAAGUUGAACCAAAUAUCAAUAAGAAACCGGAAAUGGAAGUAAUGGAAGAUACGUAUACAAAUAAUAGAACAACUCGGAGAAGGAAGAAUCUAUCAUUGAAGGUCAAAGGUGAUGAGACUUGUGAUAAAGACCAAUUAGCCACUUGUGAUAAAGAUCAAUUAGCCACUUGUGAUUUAGAUCAAUCAGUGAAAUCCAGCUCUCUACCUGGACUUAUCAUAGAAACGGUUGACGCUCAAGUACACAAAGACGCCGAUGACUCAAUCACGGUAACAAUGUUGGAGAAAUAUAAAAAUAUAUAUGAAAAUGAACAGCUACCAGAUGUAUCAGAAAUAAAUACCACUCAUAACCUACUGUCGGACCUGGAACACGUCAGUUAUGAUCCAGUCUUGAAUAUGACAGAGGAAUUGGAAACGAAACAAAAAUCAAAGAAAAGAUCUCCAAGCGACGAUGUCGAUAGAAAUAUUACUAAGAGAUCGAAGAGUUCAGAAAUACAAGUUAUAAAUAUAUCGGAACUAUCUGAGAAGACUGAUAAGAGUAUACUGACUUUAGGGAAAUCACCAAUAACUGGGCAUGGUGACUUGAACGAAUCACCUCCGCAUCUGACGCUGCUGAAGGAACAAGUGGAACCUAGAGGUUUAGAUACGCAAGACUUGAAUCAAUCCAUGAAAAAUUACUUCGACAGACUCACCAGGGAAAUAUACGAAGAAUCGAACGCUUUAAAUACAAAACUACGAGAAGAUAUCCAUAAUAUAUUAGAACAAUCCCCAUUAAAGUUGAACAAAAGUGUACAAUCUCCAACAGUUUCUAUCAAGAGAUUAAGCCCAAAAGAAAUCAGUAAAUGGCUUCCAACGAAAUACAAUUCCGUUUUCGGCUCAAAUCAAAGUUCAGAAAUCGAUUCACCCGUCCGUAUAACGAGAAGUCACACUAGGAGCCUACAACCGAAAAACUCAUCGCAAACUAAUACGAUAAAAUCAAAAAUUGUAACAAGAAAAUCGGUUAUAUCACCGAUUAAAAUGUUCGGUGAUACGACCAAAGAAAAAUCGGUUACGUCAGAACAAGAUGAAUACUUGGACCAUAUAAAGAAACUGAUGACCAGAAAUAUAUCAAAAACAGCGAUUUCUACGACAGAAUCCAGGUGUAAUCCUCGUAUUAUUAGAAAGAAUGAUAAAACUCCAACGGCUAGUACUAUUAAUGAUUCAGAGAAAAAAUCCCCGAUCUUUGAAUUAUCUAACAAAGGGCGCGGGAACAGAUACGAUUCAGUCAGCGGGACUAUUUCCAGUGUCAGCGAUUGGCUUAAUAGAAACGAACGUAUGAAACUUAAUAAAGCCGAGAGUGCCGACCUGCCGUUCAAAGAUAAUUUGGAACAUAUAUUGGAGAAGUUGGACACAAGUCUCAAUGAGAUCCAUGAUCAGACGAGCAGAAGAUUCGUGAGUAUGUUUGUGGACGCUCAGAAACAUCUCACAGAAUUAAAGGAGAAACGUCGCCGCUUGUACAAGGAGACAGCUGUUAGUGUUAUAACAGAAAUUGUAGCAGUUAUGGACAAGAAGUUCGCUGAUUUGGAACGAAGGUCUCAAGAUUUAGAUGAAGAGUUUAUAAGUGGUUUGAAAGAAAAAGCCGGUGAUCUGAUGAGUGAGGACUGUAAGCAGAAGAGGCUCAUGGUGAAAAUGAUGAAGGAAGACGUCCAAGCUGUACUGGAUCAUAUCAAUUGA